GUGCAGAAGCAGCUGAUUGGCGAGCGUCUGUUCCCGGCCAUCUCCAAGUACCAGCCAGAGCUGGCAGGCAUGAUGCUCGAGAUGGACAAUUCUGAACUGUUGAUCUUGUUGGACAGCGAGCCCCAGCUCAAAGCCAAGGUGGACGAAGCAAUGCGCGUGCUCGAGCAAGCCAAGCCGCUGGAAUUGCAAAUCAAGCUUGGUCACGAGGAGUAG